CGAGAGUCACUGCGAGGUCAUGGGCUUCCUACAGCUGCUCAUCAUGGCUGCGUCCAACGAGCCCCCUCCGGUCUGAAGAUCGAGGUUUACGGGCUUCUACACCGGGGCUAGCAAGGUCCACACCGUUUGGCGACCAUGUGCUGCGAUCUGCAACAUGGCGUACAUGGCCGGGCUCAAGGAUCCGCAGACCAACGAGGAUCUCCUGAUGCAGAAGCUGAUCACGCUGUAGAGGAGGCCGUCCGUCGUGCUGGAAGCCUUCCUCAAGGUACACAGCAAGGACGGCGUGCACCCCACGGUCUGGGCGUCUCAGAGGACGUUGGUCGUGCCAUUCGCCGCAAGCAAGGCUACGUCUUCGAGUCGCCAUACGAGCUGCUCCCGCCACUCGCGUACACUCCCGGGCGAUCGGCCAAGGACAGCGCAGCAUUCGAGCGGACCGCAUCUUUUCUGCCUGCGAUCAGGCAGGGCAUUCGCCGUUGGGGCAAGGCAGCCAUGAGGGCAAGCUACGUCUCGACGCACAUGACGCACCUGCUCGAAGCGAUCCUCGAGGGCGAUGCGCAGCGCCCCACUUGGAGUCAGCUGCACGACCAAAAGCAGGAGGUGCGCGUCAAGGCGAUCGCCAAGUGGGCCAACUCACCAGAAGACAAGGUCAUCAAGGCGGCAAAGCUCUUCGGCAACAGCGCGCAAGGCCUCGGAGAGUCCAGCCGAACGCAGCACUGCAAAGGGCUUACGCGGGGCACCUUGUCCGAGACUCUGUCGAGGGAGUGCUUCGUCAAGGGCAGAUGCGGGGCUGCUGUCCGCACCGAGGGUCACGCGCUUCACAGCGCACAGUACGAGCGCCGGCUUUCGGAGAUCUGGGCGGAGCACCAAUACCUGCUUCGCGACGAGGCCCACACCUGCAAGGACUGCGGCAACGACCUGACCUUCAUCGCCCUGACCGACCAUGGCAGGCAGAAGCGCAAGGCGGAGGGACGACUGAGCAAGGGAAACUUCCCAUUCAACUGGUCGCUGUCUCGGAUCGACUUGGAUCUUGAGCACACUCGAGCCAACUUGGUCCAGUCCUGCAAGACGUGCGCAGCACUCAGGCGGUCCGUAGGCAACGCUCAAAUGCCCACCAUGAUUGAGCGCAUCGCCAGCGAGGCUACAACGACGGUGGACCACCGCGGCUUGCUGGGCACUCCUGAUGUCUCUCCUCGCGUCGCGCCGACGCUGCAGGAGAACUUCCAACCAGUUACCUUCCUCUGUUUACCAAUCGCGGGGCCCAUGCGCUACAAACGUCAGGAGCGCCUCGCCGCAGCCAGAUCGGGGGCAGUGCCAAGGCCAUCGCCUUCUACAAGCUGCUGCUGCGCCGAUGCAAGGGCGGGGACGAAUACCUGGACUCGACUGGGCUGGUGCUGCCACUCGGUCUGGCGGACGUCAGUCGCAUCGAGCCGCGCCUGGGGUAUGAUACCAACAACCUGCAUCUGCUCUUCGGCCCACUAGAUAGGUUCCGCAAUGGCUACCCCGAUUGUCACGUGGCACGCGCUCCGCGUCGUCCACAUCUGUUGUCUCGGAGUCAGAGUCCUCUUUCCUUUGCGAUUCAUACUCUUUUUGAUCUCAUCUGCCUACCUCGUUACACCGAUGACUCGGUCAAUGCCGAGUACAUUGAAGGUGUACGGGCGGCGACGGCAGCGCGUGCGGCAGUCCGUGCAAUGUAGGACUCGGCAGGCUCGGCCCCCCAACGUCGUGUCUGGCCAGAUCCGUUCCGUCCUGCCCUUGUUUACGCCUCCUCACCUGUUGUCUCUCAUGUCUUGCUUUCUUACCACA